AUGAAGGCGCCAGGCGCGGUUGAAGGACGACCAAUACAGAAAAAACGCGCUACUGGACGAACACGUCUGACAAGAAAGCGACGAACAAGUGCUAUGGAGACGGGCGGAGUAGAUGAAGUAGCGAUAGAUGAAGCAGAAAAGAUCUAUUGCCUGUGUCGACAAGUAAGUGUUGAAUUCAUUAAAAUUACAGAAAUGAGAUGA